AUGACAAAAGUGGCGACCUCGGCAGGAAUCGAACCUGCAAUCUUCGGUUCCGUAGACCGACGCGUUAUCCGUUGCGCCACGAGGCCUCUGUGUUCAGCAUUAUGUUUGGUAUUGUAUUUGGUAAAGCAGUAUUAUAUUAAUUUCAGAGAAGAUUUUGCUGUUGCGAAUAAGCCUGAGUUAGCAAUGAAAACAGAAUCAGAGGAGGUUUGUUAUUCUGGUGAAGGUGGUCCAGCAAAUAGUACAAAUAUGAAUGAUCAUGAAGAGGAAGUUUCGAGCUUUUUUGCUAAUCAGAUUCUAGGUAGCAUUUCAAGAUUGCUAAGUGCAAACGGUCAAGCAGAUGAGAAAUCUAUCAUGGGUGGAGCAGUUGAUAACAGUUCUGAAAGCGAUGAAAUGACUAGCAUGUUCGACAACAUAUUUAACGAGCAUGUUGAGAGCCCGUUCAAUGAGCCAGGAACUAUUGAUUAUGAUGGUCCAAAAGCUAAAAAAGCACGUGAUGAUCUGGGUAAUGCGAGAGAAGACUGGCCUAUGAAAGAAUCUGGAAGUAGUAUGACUAUCCCAAUGCCAAUGUGUAUACGUCUAGUAGAAUUGUAUAGAAGAUGUCGUGCAUUCUUACGAACAUUCAGUCAGAAAAAGGAGGAUCGGAAAGCGCGACAUCAGAUGUGGGACGCUAUUGACGCCCGUCUUUUUGAAGAGUUCGGCAUUCAUUCUGGAGUGAAUAGGUUAAAAAAGAAGAUUCAAAAUAUACAAGCUGGUGCUCGAGGGAAAAUUGAGGCUUUACGGAGAGAAACGAGUAAUGGUAUAGUACCACAAGAUACGAAUAUAAGGUUCACACCAGCAGAAAUGGAAAUGGUUCGAAUGCUUUAUCAGAAUGGUGACAAAGCCUUGAAUACAGUAAAUGAAAACAAUGAGCCGUUUUAUAUGCAGUUGGAAGCCUUAAUGCGACGAGAAAGUGGGGAUAAAAAAAUUCAGAUACCAGAAAAUAGUUAUGCAGAGAGAUCAUUACCGACGUCAAACCCGAAGUCGGUCAUUUUUCCAAACUUGUUAAUUAAUUAUAAUCCUGAGAAUGGUAAUAUUUUCUCUCAGAUCGUUAGUUUAAUUUCCAAACCCUUCGAUGUUCUUUCCGCUGCAGCUAAUUUCUCUAAGACAGGAUCAGUUCCAACUAGUAAUGGAGGGCAUGAGACGACAAUUAUGACAGAAUUAUUUACAAGACAAAUGAAUGUUGUAAAGCGGCAAGAAGAACUACAACAACGUGCAGAACUUCUAUUUGAACAACAGCUUGCCCGUGAAUCUAAAUUAGUGGAUAGUAUUGCAACAAUAACAAAAGCUGCAUCACAUCUUGAACAAAUUGCGGAGCUUCUUCUCAGUACUUAUCGCUGCAGUAAUGUAAACGCGGGUACGUUCAUUAGAAACAGAAAUCCUUCGAUCGGUAACCGGAAUUUUUGUGCACUUUCUGGAAGUAGACUGCAUUGUUCUCUAACUCUUUAA